CGCAGGGAGGCCGGGCCGGCUUCCGGCUGCGCGUGGGGCUGGAGGCCCGCGGGAGCGCCGCCGCCGACAUGGAGACUCUGUACCGAGUCCCGUUCCUGGUGCUCGAGUGCCCCAACCUGAAGCUGAAGAAGCCGCCGUGGGUGCACAUGCCGUCCGCCAUGACGGUGUACGCCCUGGUGGUGGUGUCCUACUUCCUCAUCACCGGAGGAAUAAUUUACGAUGUUAUCGUGGAGCCACCAAGCGUGGGCUCCAUGACCGACGAGCACGGGCACCAGAGGCCGGUAGCCUUCUUGGCCUACAGGGUGAAUGGCCAGUACAUCAUGGAGGGCCUGGCCUCCAGCUUCCUGUUCACCAUGGGCGGCCUGGGCUUCAUCAUCCUGGACCGAUCCAACGCACCGAAUAUCCCAAAGCUCAACAGAUUUCUCCUGCUGUUCAUCGGGUUCGUCUGUGUCCUGCUGAGUUUCUUCAUGGCUAGAGUGUUCAUGAGAAUGAAACUGCCGGGCUACCUGAUGGGCUAGCGCGCCUUGGAAAAGGGAUCACCGCAUUUGCUCCUGUUGAUGAAGUGUUAAGGCCUCUGCUAUGACAGGUGGAAAUAAUGAAGAGCAGCAAUAAAAAAAAAAAUACCGAGUGAGAACAUAGGAGGCAUUUGAAGCUCAGUCUAGAGUUUUUUGAUAUCAAAGACAAGUUCAUCACAGUGUUUUUUCCUGCUGACCUAGUCUGAUGUGUGCUAAGUGGCGUUUUCUCCCUAGUUUUCGUUUGUUAAAGAAAACAUACUUCACUUCUCAAACUGUCAUAAUGAAUAAAGUGGUUAUUUUUUAUGAUGCCCUCAGCAUUUCUGAGGAGAUGCCAUUUCUGAACCCCGGAAAUUAAUGUAAUAGGAAGCAGAUCCUGUGGCCGAGAAGUGGACAGGAUCCGCCUGGCCUCGCCAGUGGUGCUGGAGCUGUCUCAUGUGAAUGCAGACUGCUUCCUCGCCAGCAGGAUGUGUAAAGGAGCAGGAAUAAAUACUUUUUCUAACGACA